AUGAAUUUUGCACGAGCACGGCAUACAGCAUCCGUUUUGACAAAUGGAAAAGUUUUAGUUACUGGUGGAGAAUAUAAUGGUUCUUCUCUAAACAGUGCAGAAUUGUAUGAUCCAUCAACAGGAGUUUGGACAACGACUAAUAAUAUGAAUUCUGCACGAAAAUGGCAUAGAGCAUCCGUAUUAACAAAUGGAAAAGUAUUAAUUACUGGUGGAUCUGACGAUUAUUCUUUUCUAAAUAGUGCUGAACUUUAUGAUCCAUCAACAGGAAUUUGGACAACAAGUGGUAGUAUGAAUUUUAAACGCUGGGUACAUACAGCAACCGUUUUAACAAAUGGAAAAGUAUUAGUUGUUGGUGGAUCGCCUAGUCCAAAGACUGCUGAAUUAUAUAAUCCAUUAACUGAAAUUUGGGAAAUGACUGGUGACAUGAAUCUCGAACGAAUUUUUCACACAGCGUCAAUAUUAACAGACGGAAAAGUAUUAGUUGUUGGUGGACGGUUGGGGUCGGUAGAUGAAACUAAUACUGCUGAAUUGUAUGAUCCAUCAACAGGAAAUUGGACAAUGCCUAAUUCUAUGAAUUAUGAACGAAAAGAUCAUACGGCAUCAGUGUUAAUAAAUGGAGAAGUUUUAGUUACUGGUGGAGAAAAUAAUAAUUCUUUGCUAAAUAGUGCUGAAUUGUAUAAUCCAUUAACGAAAAAUUGGAUAUUGAUUAAUUCUAUGAAUGAGAAACGGGCUUAUCACACGGCAACCGUACUAAAGAAUGGAAAUGUGUUAGUUGCUGGUCAUUCACUUAAUAUUGCUGAAUUGUAUGAUCCAUCAGCAAAAACUUGGAGAUCGGCUAGUCCUAUGAAUAGUAGACGAGGUUCUCCCACAGCAUCUCUACUAACAGAUGGAAGAGUAUUAGUUGCUGGUGGAUCCUGGCUUCUUUUUGCUCUCAACAGUGCAGAAUUGUUUUAUCCUAAUGUAACAAAUGUAUGA